AUGGAACUAACACGCCGAGGAGAGUACUACAAGAAUAAGUACGGUCGCGGGGGUGGUCGUGGCCGGGGCAGAGGCGGCAGCCAUGCUUUUGAUGCGUCACAGCCUUCCCAAGCUCCCACAGAUCAGCCUUAUCGCAUCGACAGAGACUGGAACCAAUUGCACGCCGACCUCCAUCAGAUCGAUGGCAGCCAAUAUGGUGCCUACCAUCAAUUGCGCGGUCAAUACCAUCACGUCGAACCCACCUUCACCCUCUCAGUCGACCGGGUGCAAGGAGAUCCAUAUGCACCACCCUCACAGGUUAGGUGCAUAAUGCCAUGGCAGGAAACCGGUUUGCCCAAUGACUAUCUCGCCUCCGACAUCCGCAAGGUCGCUGCCUGCGAUCUCAUUACUCGCGUCGCAGCGGACGUAAUCCGCGAGAGGCACAUGAAUCGCGGCAUUGGGGAUGGCAACGUAGGCUGGUCUGGCCCGAAAGGAGGUGCCUUCAACAUCAAUUCCCCGGGCCAGGAAGUCUUACCGCGAACGAGUGCGAUGAUUGCCGGGAGUGAGACCAUCGAGCUACGCUUCACCGUCUCUCUCCCCGCUGCUGGUAGAAGGAUCUUGGGGCCACAAGCCUGGCAGAUUCUUGGGAUCAAUCUCGUUGAAAUGAUCUCACAAUCAUUGCUGCACCGAAACUUGCAUUCGGACAAGCUUCGCGAGCACGUGAUGUCCGUGGAAAGACAGCAUGCACUGAGAGCGCAAUUGCUUCCGCGAGGCUUGAUCGCGUUCAUUGCAAACGGCUCUAUCUUGCCACGAGCUUCUGGUGCCGCUGCGCUGCCAAUGGAUAGCUCAAACGCCGUUCCUUUCAAGUCUCCCAAAGAAGCUGAAGUCAGUCUUACCUGCCUGGAUGGAAGCAAGGUGCAAGGCAUGGGCAUCCCCCGAGGCAUCACUCUCCUCACGGGUGGCGGCUUUCAUGGCAAAUCCACCCUCUUGGAAGCAAUUGAACUCGGCAUUUACAAUCACAUCCCCGGAGACGGCCGUGAGAGCGUCGUCACCGAUCCCACCGCUGUCAAGAUUCGCGCCGAAGAUGGUCGUAGUGUGUCUGCCGUGGACAUCAGUCCCUUUAUCGCAAACCUACCAGGCAACAAAGACACCAAGACCUUCUCCACUGACGAUGCCAGCGGCUCGACCUCAAUGGCGGCCAAUAUCCAAGAAGCCAUGGAAGGCGGAUGCAAGACCGUCCUCAUCGAUGAGGACUCCUCGGCGACAAAUCUACUGGUGCGGGAUCAAAGAAUGCAAUCUCUAAUUCAAAAGGAGCCGAUUACGCCGCUAAUCAGCAAGGCGAAAGCGAUGUACAACGAGCACGGUGUCAGCACGAUCAUCGUUAUCGGCGGCCUCGGAGACUGGCUGACUGUCUCUGACAACGUGAUCCUCAUGGACUCGUACAUUCCUCGCAUCAUCACCGACCAAGCGAAAGCUGUGGUAGAGAGAUACCCCAGCCUCGUGGCGCAAGAUACAACGUAUGGGACCUUACCAGAGCGCAAAGUACGCCUCUCACUCCGGGGCUUCAAAUCACCACACGCGACGAGAAUGAACUUCAUCGGCAUCAGGCCGCAAAACCAAAGUCCCGUCGACGAUCCAGCGCAAGGCGAGGCUGGCGUCGAUCUCUCCGGCCUGGAUCAGAUGGUCGAAAUCGGACAGACGAGGAGUAUUGCAGCCAUGUUAGAGGGCGUUGAGAAGGCGACGGCAAGUCAAGCACUUCCUCUCUCAGCUUUACUCGAGCGCAUGGACUCGAAUCUUGGACUCGAGACGUGUCUGCCCGUCUCGCUUUUCGGAGGCGAUCGGGUGGCUGUGCGCCGAUUGGAGUUGGCUGCUGCGAUUUCGCGAUUCCGAGGAUUGCAAGUGCAUGAUUAG